GUCUUUCUCUCCCCUCGCAAUCCGAUACAAUGCCCCCUCCACACCCCAAGGUGGUUAUCAUCCACCCCGACCUGGGCAUCGGCGGGGCCGAGCGCCUCAUCAUCGACGUGGCCCUCGCGCUGAAGAACCGCGGCCACGAGGUCACCAUCUACACAUCACACUGCGAUCCCACACACUGCUUCGAGGAAGCGCGCGAUGGCACACUCGACGUGCGCGUACGUGGAAACACAGUCUUCCCCGCCCACGUCUGCGGACGACUCUACGUACUCAUGGCCAUCUUGCGCCAACUCCACCUGACCGUCUCCGUGCUCCGCGAACUCGCCGCCAAGCAAGACAACAUCUUCAUCAUCGACCAAGUGCCCGCCUGCAUUCCCAUUCUUCGAGCGUUCGGCCCGCGCCAACAACAACCGUCUACCAAGCAGCGCAUCCUCUUCUACUGCCACUUCCCGGACCAGCUCCUCUCGCGGCGCAGCGAAGGCAGCCGCUUGCUGCAGCUCGCGAAACACCUCUACCGGUACCCGUUCGACCACUUCGAAGGGUGGGCCAUGAGCGCCGCCGACCAGGUCGUCGCCAACUCGCGCUUCACGCGCGGCGUUAUCGCCUCGGUCUUUGGCGCGGGGCGCCUCGGCGACGUGCGCGUCGUGUAUCCUUGCGUUGAUAUAGAUACCUUCACGGGAGGGAAGGAGAAGGACUUCCAGACCGACGAUGACGAGACCGCGCAGCCUCUGUGGGACGGGCUGAAAAUCUUCCUGAGUAUCAACCGGUUCGAGCGCAAGAAGGACCUGGGGUUGGCGAUCCGGGCGUACCACGGGUUAGGGGCGGAGGGACGACGAGGGACGAGGCUCGUAAUCGCUGGCGGCUACGACAACCGCGUCUCCGAAAACGUGGAAUACAAGCACGAGCUAGAAGCACUGUGCACGAAGCUGGGACUCGAAACAGCGACCGCGCAAAGCAUGAUCACAGCGCUGGGGGUCCCGAACACAGUCGACGUGCUAUUCCUGCCGUCCGUGCCGACAGGAUUCCGAGACACGCUGCUAGCGCAGGCCCGACUGCUGGUGUACACGCCGAUAAACGAGCACUUCGGGAUCGUGCCGGUGGAGGCGAUGCGGGCGGGGGUGCCUGUGCUAGCGUCGAACACGGGAGGGCCGCUGGAGUCGGUCGUGGAGGGGGAGACGGGGUGGUUGCGGGAUGCGACGCGGGCGGAGGAGUGGACGGAUGUGAUGCGGGAGGUGCUGGGGUGGGCGGAGGAGGACGGUAGGGCAGCGCGUAUGGCUGCGACGGCGAGGGAGCGCGUGCGGGGGCGUUUUCGUUGA